AAUGAAAUUUCUUGGCCUACAAUCACGGACUAGCUUUUGAACCUCGAGUGACCUCAGUGCUGACUCUCAAGUAUCCAGGUCUUCUGCCUGCCUGGAAACCUGAGAUCUUAUUAAAUUUAUAUUAAUUGGCAAGAGAGAUAGAGAGAUAAUCUCUCUCGCGCGCGGUAUAUAAUAGUGUCUUGAUGAUGGAUGAGAGGAACUGUACACAAAGGCGACAAGAGUCUCCCCAUCUCAUCGUAUAUCAAUUUUUUUUUCCCGUUUCCUUGUAUCCGCUGAUGGAAGACCUGCAGAUCAGCAAUGGUUUCUUUUACAGAUACGUGAGCUAUCUGUUGCCUGCUUUGAUGAGGCUGAACAAUGAGAGAACUUGUGAAGAAAGCUCAAAUGGAGAACAAUGGAUCAAAGUUGUGAGGCUUGAGGUGGACAUGGCCCUUGUUAUAUCAACAAGGGGUAGAUACCGGUGGCGCCAUGCCCUGAAAUGCAGGCUUGAGAAAAGGAUGAGUUGGAGACCAUUUCAAGGACUGCAGCAAAGUCAGAUGAUACAGGGCUUUUCAUGGCUGCCAAAUUGUCCGAGGCCUUUGGGCAGUCUUGGACUCGUUCGGAACUCUGGCCAUCAUGAGUCCUUGUGCAAUACUGGGGCACUGAGUUCAUGGAAGCCAAGGAAUAAGGCCUUCAGAAGGAGGAGGACCAAGAGUGUUCUGCAAGUGAAGAGGAGGAGCGAGUUCUGCAGGAGGGAGGAGGAGUUUGGUUGUCUUCUGAACGCCUUGAGGGGCCUCAUUCCUGGUGGAAACCUGAUGGGUAUGGAUGAACUCUUCUGCGAAGUGGAGAGCUAUGUGGCAUGCCUCAGAAUGCAAGUGAACAUUCUUGGUUGUCUAGUCAGUGCUCCAUCGUGAUGCAGACAAGCGAGUGAAACAUGCUGCCACAUCAAUGGGUACUUCAUGUUCUAGCGAUUUCGAAUUGCUUUCUCUCCCCCUCCCUCUCUCUUUCUGCUGUAGUGUUUGUUUUCUGUUUCUGUAAAACAAGUGUAGUGCUUAAGCCAAAUUGGAUGGGUUGGAUGCACUAUGAAACUAUGUAAAGGAAAAGGAAAAAAAAGGAAAUCUAUUUUCAAGUGUUCACAAGGUUGUGUUCUUCUAUCCUCUUUUAUA